GUCACUGCCAUUCCGUUUUCAAUCGCUAGGGAGAGACUCUGAAUAAGUGAGUCCCUCUCACACACACUCACUGCAGGGUCCCACUACAGGCUGCUCUGUUCGGAGGAUACAACACUCCUCCAUCCUCACACCGCUCGGCAGGACGCGGCGCAACUCUCCGUCCGGUGAUGGAGACGGGCGCCUCUGAGCCAGACCCAUCCCGGCAGCGGAACGGGUUCGUGGGGACGCUGUACGGGGAGUUCACGGACACACUCAACGACAGUCUCCGGUACUCGGUGAGUCUAACGGCGAGCAGCCUGACCAUCCAGAGGAUCUGCUCCUCUCCAGGCAGGACGAAGGUGGUUUUUAACUUGGCCGACUGUAUCGGCUGCCGGGCGUACAGAGGAACGGACAGCGCGGAUAUCGGUGCCUACUUCACGGCUUAUUUCUACCCGUUUAAGAGGCGCUGGAUGAGCGCCGGAGUGGCCCGGCAAAGAGUGGAGCAGUGCUUCAGGGUCGCGCUGGUCCAGGACGCGAGCGUCAACCUGCAGGAGGCUGAGAGGUGGGCUGCGGCCGUAAGAGAUGCCUCAGGGUUGCAGGCACCCCGGAGGGAGGGUGUCACGUACACAGAAGUCCGGCGGCCCGGCCGCGUCAUGAUAUUCGUGAACCCUCAGAGCGGACGCGGCCAAGCUCUGCAGCUCUUCACCGGCCACGUACAGGGCAUGCUCACCGAAGCCGCUGUUCCCUACAAGCUCUUCAUUACAGAGCACCAAAAUCACGCACGGGAAGUGGUGAGGAGGGCCGACCUGUCCCGGUGGGACGCUCUGGUUAUCAUGUCAGGGGAUGGUUUGCUGUUCGAGGUGAUAAAUGGUCUGAUGGAGAGAGAGGACUGGCAGAGGGCCAUCCAGACUCCUGUUGGUAUUCUACCAGGUGGCUCAGGCAACGCCCUGGCAGCCUCCGUCCACCACUACUCACAGUCACCUCCAGCUUGGAAUGAAGAGCUGCUGCUGAGCUGUGGCUUCAUGCUUUGUAAAGGACUGGUUGGCACCCUGGACCUGGUGUCCAUCCACCUGUCCUCCCGUCAACGUCUCUUCUCCUUCCUCUCCGUGGCCUGGGGCUUUGUGGCUGACGUUGACAUCGAGAGCGAGAAGUACCGGCACGUCGGCGCAAUCCGCUUCCUGAUGGGCACCCUGGUGCGCCUGGCCUCCCUCAAAAUAUACCAGGGCAGAUUAGCAUAUCUGCCUGCCAAGGAGAAGCCAAAACUCCCCAAAGGGACCACGAAGACUGGCCACAGUCCGUCCACACCUCAGCGUCCCUCACUCUGCUCCUCCCUCCCCUGUCAGCUCAACCCUGACUCCUCCACAAACCUCAUCUCUCAUCACAAUCACAACAGCCCAAAUUCAAACCACAACACCAUCACCAACACCACCGGUGAAAUCACCACCAAGAGAUCGGAGGGCGGUGGUAAGACCGUGACACCGGUGGACUCACUCCUUCCUGACCUGGACCAGCCAGUACCAGAGAGCUGGACUGUAGUCCAGGAGGAGGACUUUGUCUUAGUACUUGCUAUUUACCAGUCCCAUUUGGCUGAGGACUUGUGGACGGUCCCCGGUGCGUCGGCGGACGACGGACUAAUUCACCUCUUCUACGUGACGGCGGGAAUCUCACGCCCCGCCCUCCUGCGCCUUUUCCUCGCCAUGGAGAAGGGGGCCCACCUGUCAUGUGACUGCCCCCACCUGGUGUAUGAGAAGGUGAAGGCGCUGAGGUUGGAGCCCGUCACUCCACAUGGCGUGAUCACCGUGGAUGGAGAGAUGGUGGAGUACGGCCCCGUCCAGGCACAAAUCCACCCGGGACUGGCAAGACUCAUAUGUGGAUGAAGGGGGAUUAUCUUAAUCUUUUAGAGCUUUGU